UCAUGCAGGAACAAGCUUGAGUCUCUCCCGGUUAUCGCGAUGACAUCGCUAUCAGUAUCUGUAUAUCAUCCCGUCUCCUAUAUCAUUCCUCCAGCUCCUUCGCACGACAUCCACAACACCAUCACCAUCGUAUCUCCCCGAUACGCCCACCAUGCCCCCCAAGAUCCUCCUUGCCGCAGGGCCCUCCGAGAACCGCUCCACGCACACAGCCCUCGCACCGAACCCACCACCGUCCCACCCGCCCACACCCAUCUCUUCCACGCUCCGCGUGCGCAUCCACAUCGCCAGCUGGACCGGCACUCCCGCUCCACCCACUUCGGGCUCGUCAUACUUCACGCACCCCCUGCACCGCAGCGACAAGUUCAGCAUACAAUUUUUUUUCACGCCGCACGAAGACGUGCCGGGCGACGAGCUGGUCAUAAGUAAUACCUUUGAUAAGCCGAUACGCGAGAGGCUGCCGGUUUUCUUUGGGGCCGCGUGGGCGGCGCUCAGGUGGGUUGAUCCGGGGAUUCAGGGGGAGCCGUAUGCCGAUUGCCCGGAGGUGCAUAGUCGCGUGCUGGGGGCGGUGAAUUUUUUGGAUGUGAGGGGGGAGGUUGCUGGCAGGGAGGAGGGGGUGGGGGUGGAGGAGGGGGCUGGUGAGGGGGAGGAAAGGGAGGAGGAAGCUCCGGUGAUAGAGGAACAUAUGCCCGCCGAUAUCCCCGGGACUCCGGCUGAGCGGCGGAAGCAUUUCCUGUAUUACCACCAGAAGGAGUUUACGUUCCGCAAGGGCGUCGAGUACCGGUGGGACUUCUGCAACGGCAUGAUGGAUUUCAGCGAUUUCUCCGUCAAGAUCCCCGGAUUGGGCUUCAAGUUCGAAAUGACCAAGUACUGGGACCAGCAGCCGCUACGGUUCGUGCUUAAAAACAUCAAUACCGGCGAGGUCUACGGCGUGGUCCAGUUUGACUACGAUCAGGGCCUGGGACUCAAUGAUGGUAGCGUCAUUGAUGGCGUAAGCCUUGAACCUGGAGAUGCUGUCGCCGAUAAUGGUUAGGUGCUGGGUUAGUGAUUGAAACGUAUUUAUACAGGGCAAUAGAGUACUGGUAGGCGCAAUUUCAGCGAAUGAUACACAGGAU